CCACAAAGCAUUCCUCGUUGUCAUGAAACACAGAAAAUCUGCACUAAAGGAUUCCCUGAAGGAAUUUCCUCAAAAUACGCAAAUUAAAACAAAGAAUCUUUCAUCGGCAGGUGAUGGGGAGCAGGAGGAGGGUUGAAUCGUCGAACUACAGAAACCCAUGUUUGACAAUGCAUCAGCCAUGGGCUUCUCUACUUGUUUAUGGCAUCAAACGCGUUGAAGGCAGAUCAUGGCCUGCCCCUGUUAGAGGACGGCUGUGGAUUCAUGCUGCUAGUAAGAUUCCUGAACCGGAGACAAUCAGAGCCAUGGAGGACUUUUAUAGAGAACUCUAUGCAAUGAAUGGAAUAACAGAUAUCAAGUUCCCAGAGCAUUACCCAGUCUCCAGACUUCUAGGUUGUGUCAACGUGGUUGGUUGCGUUACCUGUGAAGAGCUAGUAAACUGGGAAGAACUACCUGCAUCAGUGAGACUAGAAGGGCAAACUGCUUUUUGUUGGCUUUGUGAGCAACCCCAGAAACUAAUAAUCCCAUUUGAGAUGCGCGGAUACCAAGGAGUUUAUAAUUUGGAAAGGAAGAUAUAUGAAUCGGCUGUUAGAGGUCUCUCUUCUGUUAAACCUCCACUACCAAUUAAGUUUCCACAUCCAGAUCCGAAAGAUCCUUUCUCUUUAAGGCCCGGCUCUCUUGCUUCUCGUCCAAAUGGCUCCAGAAUAUCAGAGGAGGAAAAAUCACCUAGUCUUGUGGCAGCUAUUGCCGGCGCCAGAGCAGCUGCAACACAAUUCGCAAAGAACAAUAUGUCUCCACCAACAACUGGGGGUGAUAUUGAAAGCGAUGAGAAGCCCGUAUCAUCCCGAACAAGGAAGAACCAAGGGGAAGGGGUUCAGUGACUCGGUGGGGAAAAUACCAGAGAACUCUGAUGCCUAAAGUUUGAGUGCUAAUUUUAUUUAGACGGUAAGCUAAGCCCGUAAAUUCUGUCCGUUUAUUUGGGUGGUCGUUUCCAUUCUGUCUUCCGCUCAGGCUCAUUUCUGCGCAAGAAUGUGCAGCGGAAGUGUACAUGUAAAGUAUCUACUAGUUAUUUACAUGACAUAUUCUCAUUGUUCUUGGCAAGAAGUGGCUUUGUACUAUAGUUUGAUAGGAAAUGUAAAAUAGAAGGAGAUUGUGUAACAUCGUUUUCAAUUAUACUAGUAAAAUGUCUCCGUGUUGCAUGUA